UUAAUUAAAGUUUUUUUGUUACAAAAACUAACAUCUGGCAUCUUUAUUUUAGAAUCUCGAGAAAAAAGAUAAGGAAACUAGCUAGCAAUUUAAAACUAUUACUAGUGUGUUGAGAGAGAAAAUAAGUGUUAUCAAAUGGUUUGCUGGUAGUUUUUUAGUUGAUGUGAAGAGUAUUGAAGAGUAUUUAGAUUUUUUGAAUAAAUAAGACUAUAUUACGGAUUGUUCCUAAAGCAACGGUUCAAAUAUGACUUGGGUAUCUGACUACAAAUAUCGUUGGUACGAAACGUUUUGUAUGAAUAUUUUGCGAGCCGGUGGGCACACACCUAAACACAUCGCCUUUGUUAUGGAUGGAAAUCGACGUUUUGCGAAAGUAGAACACAUUGAAAAAGUUGAGGGUCAUAGCAAAGGAUUCGAUACAUUAUCUAAUGUACUGCGUUGGUGCUUGGAUUUGGGUAUAAACGAGGUUACAACGUUUGCGUUUAGUAUAGAAAAUUACAAACGAUCCCAGGAGGAGGUGAAUGGUUUGUUUGAUUUGGCAAGAGAUAAAUUUAAAAGAUUGAUUGAUGAAAAAGAUAAGUUAAAGGAACAAGGCGUAUGCAUACGUGUUAUUGGGAAUUUAUCAUUGUUGCCAACAGAUUUACAAGAAUUAAUACAUGAUGCAAUGAUAGCAACAGAAAAGAAUAACAAAUUAUUCUUGAAUGUUGCUUUUUCAUACACCUCACGUGACGAAAUAACACAGGCUGUAGAAAAAAUAUUACUUGAUGGUGAUGAAUUGCAAGCCGAGGAUAUAAGUGAGUGUUUGCUAGACAAAUGUUUAUAUACUCGAGAUUCUCCAGAACCUGAUUUAUUGUUUCGCACUUCUGGCGAAACUCGAAUUAGCGAUUUUUUAAUGUGGCAGCUUGAGAGCACAGUUCUUUAUUUUACAAAAGUGCUUUGGCCACAAUUGACAAUUUGGCUCUUUCUGGCUGGUAUUUUUUCUUACCAGAAAGCUAGUAUAAGUAUGCAGCCAUAUAGACGCCAGCUACGCUUGCAACGCGCAGAAAAGGCAGCUAGGAGCAAUUUUUACACAAAUAGAGUACAAAUAUUCUUAAAUUAUAUAUUUGGUUGUAGAAAUAAGUUACGAUAAAUUAAUUUGUAGUAUCGGUAUUUCGUUAUUCAAAUUGUUACAUUUUAUUUCGAAAAUAAAAUGUGAUGUCAAAUAUAUUUCAUAGUUAAAAACUUAAAUAUAAGUUGAAUACAUAUUAGUUAGUCGAUCGUUUAUUUCCUAAAAUUUUUAAAAUUGUUUUGAGUCAGUAACUGCUAGAAAUCGUAAGCAAUUAAGUCUCGGUUGAAAUCCUA